UGAAAAAAAAUUAAAAUAAGAGUUUUCAAAUUAAAAAAUUGAAACAAUAAACGCGACGAUUGACCGCGGUUUCAACGACGACGACCUAAUCCCCUUCCAAGAAUGGUUCAUUUGCUUCCAAAUCCCCUCCGAGUUUCGCCGCAUCUCCGCUCAGAGCCACCGCGCACGGCGGUUCUGGCGAGAGUGAAUUCCGGCACCGGCGGCUGUGCGAUCUGGAGAAAUGGAGGAAUUAAGGUGAGAUCGGCGGUUGUUUUGCGGUGUAGUAGUGAUUAUUCGAGUCCGACGACGGCGGAGGAAUCGAUCGGAAUGUUGGAAGAAAUUAAUGAAAAUGAGUAUUUGGCGAGAGAAUUUGGAUGGAAUGUGAGAAAAUUGAUUGAAGAAGAAGAUGAUUUGAGAGCGGUUGCAAGAAUUCAAGCCGAAGCUUUUCAUGAACCUGUUCUUCUUUUCAACGAUUUUUUCUUCCAAUUUUUCCAGGCAGAAGUGCUUUCAGCGCUGAUUUACCGAUUGAAAAAUUAUCCUCCAGACAGGUAUGCUUGUUUGGUGGCGGAGCCGGAAAGUGAAAGUUGUAAAGAUGAAUACAAUUUUGUGGGAGUGGUGGACGUGACGGUGGCCGGAGAUUUGAAAGUAAAGCGUCUCCUUCCCGCCGGCGAAAAGGAAUAUCUCUUUGUAACUGGAAUCGCCGUCGCACAAACUGCCAGAAGACGUAAAGUAGCAACGGCACUAUUGAAGGGGUGUGACAUGCUUGGUAAGGUUUGGGGAUUCAAGUUUUUGGCAUUAAGUGCAUAUGAAGAUGAUUAUGGGGCUCGUAACUUGUAUAGUAAAGCAGGCUAUCAAGUUUACUAUGUUGACCCUCUUUGGAAAUCUACUUGGAUUGGAAGAAAACGUUGUGUUACUAUGAUUAAAAAGCUCUAGUUUCAUUUUUCCUUAACUUUGCUUUUAAAUAUCUAUUCACAACCCAA